AUGGAUACGUGGAAGCAGGAUCUCGGGGUUAACCAAAGCCGAUUCCAAGGAAACACAGGUCCCCCCUACCCCUGCCACCCUCCACUUACCCCACCCACAGUUCUGCCUCGGACCCCGGCCAAUCCCCCAGAUCUCCCCCGGGACCCCCCACCCCGCAGCCCACCCACCCGAGCGCACAGCUCCUCACCUGAGGGGCCCAGUCGCGUCGGGCCUCCCGAGGGGGCUGCGAGUGUCAGUCGGCUCUCCGCACGUGUCCGCGGCCUCGCGGAGCAGUCCACCCCGGCUGGUUUCUGCUUCCACCUGCUGAUCUCGCAGAGCUUGAUUUUGACACAAAGCAAGAUAUUGAACAUUAACAACACCACAGAGGCCUACUUUGUGCUCCUGUCCCUGUUGUUACUUCCUCCAAAGUGUUGGAGGAGGGGCCUUGUGGAAGGUGAUUGAAUCAUGGGGAUGGACUUUCCUCUUGCUGCUCUUGUGAUGGAUUUCUCACAAGAUCUGGUUGUUUGAAAGUGUGUAGCACCUGCCACUUCACUCCCUCUCUCUCCUCCUGGCCAUGUGAAGACUGUGCCUGCUUCCUCUUUGCCUUCCACCAUGAUUGUAAAUUUCCUGAGGUCUCCCCAGGAGCAGAAGCCUAUACAGCCUGCAGAACUGCAAGCUAAUUAAAUCUCUUUUCUUUGUAAAUUACCCAGUCCCAGCACUGCAAGCUAUUUGGCAUACGAAGGUCUUGACCUGAGAAAACCAUCUUGGAUAACCGCAGCAAGGAAAAGGAAAAAUGCAACACCUAGGAGAUUUCAGUAAACAGUAGAAUCAUGCCAACCUAAUCUGUGUUAAAAUGCUUGGAAUGUGGGAGCCGCUGAUGAUGCCUGUUGUCUGUGUGUCUGACUGAAUCCUUUCUUUUCUCAGAGCAGCAAAGCAAAGCCUGGGAACAAGGCCAAAUGCCUGCCACUUACCUUAAAUUGAUCAGCCACUUUGAGAUUAAAACCCCUGAAAGCUGCCACACCGUGAAAACAAGGCCUCCUUCACAUUAAAGGCAAAUUGCGACUUUG